AGGCUGAUUUGGUAAUUGAGAAAUACGAUCUUGUUACUAGAAGAAUAUGCAAAGGGGUUUUUGUCAGACAAGUUCAAAAACUGUUCUGUGUGCAUUUUUCCUCUCAGAAGCUCUUCACUCGUGAUUAUUUAUUUAUUUUUCUUGUUUCUUGCAAAACUUCUCUGGAAUCUUUGUGUAUAUAAAAGCUCAAAUAAAUAUACCGGAUUAAGAUCCGAGUUUCCGACAAAUUCGCUUUCAGUUUUUUUUGUUGGAGCGAAAUUGUUGUGAGUAAUGCAAGACAUCCACACAAUCGGAGGUGGCCGUAUCUUCAACGGCGGCGGAGGAGGAGGAGGAGGAGGAGGCGGCGGCGGAGGAGACAGAAGGUUACGACCGCACCACCACCCAAGCCACCAAGCACUCAAGUGUCCACGCUGCGAUUCUCUCAACACAAAAUUCUGUUACUACAACAACUACAACCUCUCUCAGCCACGUCAUUUCUGCAAGAGCUGCCGUCGUUACUGGACAAAAGGUGGCGUCCUCCGUAACGUCCCCGUGGGCGGUGGCUGCCGCAAAGCCAAGCGCUCGAAAACCAAACCUUCACCCGAAACCGCCACAGCAGCAGCUGCGGCGGCCGCCGCCGCACCGCCACAGCCACAGCAGCAGCACUGUGAUCAACGUAAAGCGAAUUCUCAUUCUAGCAGCGAGAGUUCGAGUCUUACUGCAGCCAAUUCUAACGUUGCAGUGACUAAUAAUAAUAACAAUAACGACAACGACAACAACAACAAUAAUAGUUCUGCUGGUGGCACUGCUGAGGCGGUGUCGGCAGUAACAUCUCAUUCUAACUUGAUAAAUGUAAGCGAGUCGAAGUUUUAUGGAAACCCUAAUAAUUUAGGGUUCGAGCCAGGAUUGCUGGAACAAGGAUCGGACUGCGGGAUAUUUUCCGAGAUUGGGAGUUUUACGAGCUUGAUUACUUCAUCAAACAACGAAACUUUGUCGUUUGGUUUCAGUACGGUAUUGAAUGGGCAAGGACUUGAGCAAGGGCAGUGGCAGCAGCAGCAGCAGCAGCAAAAGAUGAUGAGUGUAGGAGGGGAGGAAAUCAGCGGGGGAUUGCUUGAUCAGACGGUGCAGGUUGAGCUAUCAAAUUUGCAUAGUAGAUCGGAGGGUGAGGGCUCUGGAGGAUUUGGACCGUUGGAUUGGCAAGGGAGUGGAGAUCAAGGGUUGUUUGAUCUUCCUAACGCUGUUGAUGAGACGUAUUGGAGUCAGAGUCAAUGGACUGAUCAAGAUCAUCCUAACCUCUAUCUCCCCCAAAACAGCAUCGCUGUUUGGCUUCAAAAUGUGCCACGUCAUCAUGAAACAAGGAAAACGGUGAUGAUAAUUGCAAACGGCGGUGUUGUUGAUUUUGAUGGAGGGAAGGAAGGGAAGGGAUGGGGAAAUACGAUGAUGUGGCGAUUUAGGUGGGUGGUGGUGGUGGUGGUUGUUACUGGUAAACUGGGGAUCGGUGGGUCCAGGGCAUGUGCAGAAGUGGUCUCGCAAGUCUCACCCCCAUAUGGCCAUACGAGUCAUGUAUCAGUUUGGGUUCUGAAGUCUGAUGUGAUCCUCACUAUUUCCCAGGGCCCUUUGAUUUUGAGCAGAGAUUUUCUGGGAAGCGAGUUUGCCGUACCACAUUGGCACAUUAUGUUUGCCCACAUUAAAUGUGGUUUUCGGACCUUGGACUCUAGAUAAGGUGUGGCGGUUGGGGGGGGUGGUAAAUUAGGUGAGGGAUUUGAUGUGGUCCUUUAGGGGAUAUUGAUCUUUGCGAUGUUGGGGCUGGGGGCUGAGCAUUGGAGUGGUCCCUUUUUGGCUGAAACAAUGAUAGAAGCUUUCAUGGGGCUUGAUCUGAAGUUCUGGUACAAGCUUGAAGGAGAUUGGGGUUUGCUACAUAGUCUAAAUUUACGGGGUUGUCAUUCAUCAACUUGGCUAUUAGGAGGGGUCAGGGCAUGAGGCUGGACCACCACUGGUCCUGGUCCUCUGCUGUCCUUCUAGUUUGGCCAAAUCCUGCCGCUGCUGAUAGGGCGGUGGUCAGUCAAAGUUUCCAGCUGAAAACUACCGUUGCUAAAUCGAAACGUACUUUUUCAUUUUAUCUCAAUCUCGAUUAAUUGCACUCUAAAUUACGUAAAUGAUCCUUCAUUAUAUGUUCUUCAUAUCUGUUGUGCUUUGGUGUGCUACAACAUUAAAGUAUUCCCAUGAACUUGGUGGCCCUCCUGUAAAUUCAUUUGAAGAAAACCUUGGCUGUUGAAUAUUGAUUGAGAAACCCAGUGUUGGCUUGACAGAUUAUAGUCAUGUGCGCUGCCAGUGACAUAUAGCUUAACCAAAUGCCCAAACCAGCACGGUAUAAGACUACAAGAGACUAACCUUGAGGAGCAGCAAGCUAUAUAUUUUAAAAUCUCAUCCCAUGGCUGAAAAGAACAGAUUGAAGCUUUAUGCGGCUGCAGUUUGUGACAAUUACGACAGAAGAGAGGAAAAGAUCUUUUUGGUGAAUGGUGGUCCUUGCUAGGAGUCUCCGCUCCGCUGUUAAACCCUCACUCUCUCUCACAGUGUCCGCGGGACUGUGCUGUCAGUGUGAUUUGAUGUUGUGUUGGAUUGAUCCAGAGAUUACAGAACCUGAAAAGCCCGAUGAAUCAAAGUUUCGGCCCGUGCAUUGACAGGGACUUUGCCUAAUAAAUUCUCCAAACAAGAAGGUCCAGGCUCCAGUAGGCACUCGCAGCACUACAUCCCGGAUCAUUUAAAGGUAAAAACAUGAACGUCUUUACCAUCAGAAAGAAGUGAGAACAGAAUGUAUAGCAGUUGUAAAAAGGGAAAAUGUUCCUCUAAGUGGGCACGCCAGGAAUUCUUAAAAAGGCAUUGUAGUCAUGAAAGUGAGACAAUUAUGACAAUAGUCUUAAACCCGUUUUAACUGGUUUUACUGGCUCGCUCUUUGUCUUCGUCAGGAUUUAGUCGAUUAUUCAGAGGCAAAGAACCAAGUUCUCUAUUUGGUUAAUUCAAGUGUUCCUCUUAGAGUUUACUAUUAUUGGGUGAAGGACUGUAGGUGAAAUUUUAGUUAAUUCACGCCCAAAUAUCUUACUUGUCUGCCGAUUGAAGACUAACGGAAAUGGUCGGCCAUGGAAUAGUCUAAGACGCCCGGAAUGGUCACGGCUUGCGAACGUGAGCUUAGGCCACAUGUGACCAAUGAGGCUUCUGGUUUGCCCAUGCAUCUUAUUUGCCUUGAUAGCCAAGGGAAGGAUCAUUUAAAGAUUCACUGGCAAUGGACCAGACUGGGUCCAACAUUGCCUUGGCAUGGCCAAAGCAACACUGUGGCAUGGAUCGCGACAGAAAAUUAGCACCUCGAAGUUUGGCACAUGGAGGUGGUCCUUAACUCCUUGCUGUGUGGUCUUGGCCAUUGGCCCUCAUCUUUGGUAGCGCUGAUUUUGAUGUGUGCAACUGGUGAGCCAAUUAUGGUUGCGAAAUUGGGUUCCACCAAACUUUUGAGAACCGGGGUUGAGCAAUUUAAGAAUUAAGGUCACCAGAAAUUAGUUGAACAUCCAUUGGAUUACCUUGAUGGAUACGCUACACUUGCAGUAAAUGGUGAUUUUACUCUGAUUCAAAUGAUGGCAUGAACUUGAAAUGGUAUUUGUGUCCUGCAAAUUUGUGCAAAUAUUCGAAAUUUGCUCCGAGAUUGAUUUCUUGUUAUCAGACUGGGAUUUGACCUCCAAAAUUGGUCAUAGACAUGAUGUUACAGAUUUGAGAAUUCUCGC